GGCGGGACGUCAACACGCGGCUUCUCCAUCUUGAAAGCCAAGGUAGCCACGAAUCCCUACCGCCUUAACCCGGGUUUUGCGAACAAAGUGCCGGCUUGUUAUUUAUUAUCUAGGAUCUCCCUCUCGCUCUCUCUUUCUUUCCCGCCCAUAAUAGCUUCCUUGCCCUUUCCUCUCAUGAUUCCGUGGUUGUAAAUCACCCAUUUGCUUUCGGCAUCUCCGGAGCGCGCUUAGUACUACUACCUGGUCAGCUCCUUUUCAGCGCCCAGGAUGAAAGGCUGGCUGCAGACCUUAGGCUUAGCUGCCUUGUUGGCAGGCCGUACACUGGCAAAUGAAGUGGAAUUGACACAGGAUGAAGCUCACAGGCAGCGAUGUUCGGGGAUGUACAGUCGCAAGUCUUGGGGUGGAGAUGUUGACCCUUUCAUAUUGACUAAAUUCGUUCGUGAUGGCGACGCUGGUGAUAGUGACCCGCUCGUCAGCUUGGUGAUCUUUGAGUGGAACGACGAAGCUCUAAUUGGAAGAGCUGUGUCGAACGAUGCCGAUGAGAAGGAAACGAUUUGCGACGAAGCUAGUGUCAAAGCUGAUCUGUGCAAGGAGGAAGACAUAGGUUCCUUUAUCCUUGCCGCGAACGCCAGCGAGUCUCAGUUCCCUAUUAUCUCCAAGGCGAUACAUCUAAAUAGUCCCGCUGCGAUAAACUAUCCAGUGAAAAAGACCGGAUUUUAUUGUGUUAGCACAUAUGGAUACUCAGGGCGGGACUACAAAGCAGUCGUCGAGUUUAGGAAUGCGUAUGGUGAACUCCCAGCCGCGCAGAUCGCCAAGCUCCCGUUCUACGGCGGCUUGACUAUAGUCUACGCGCUUAUUGGGGUGUUCUGGGCUUUCUUAUAUGUACAAAACCGUCACGACAUCUUGCCUGUACAAAAUUAUAUCACCGCUAUAUUGGUCUUCUUGAUUGUAGAACAAUUGAUGACCUGGGGCUUUUACGACUUUCAAAACCGACACGGCCUGAAUAUUGGCGCCAAGGUGCUAAUGGUCAUUGUCGCCGUUCUUAACGCGGGCCGGAAUGCUUUCUCAUUUUUCCUCCUCCUUAUUGUGUGUAUGGGAUAUGGCGUGGUCAAGCCUUCCCUUGGUCGAACCAUGGUCUAUGUCCGUGUCCUUGCAAUCACCCACUUCGUUUUUGCCGUUAUCUAUUCGGUUGCAAGUCUGUCUAUAACCCCAGACAGCGCUGGUCCGCUCGUUCUUCUUAUCGUGUUGCCACUUGCUGGAACCUUAACAGCGUUUUACGUGUGGACCCUGAACUCAUUGAACGCAACCAUGAAAGACUUGAUCGACAGGAAGCAGAAGGUGAAAGCACUGAUGUACAAGAAGCUGUGGUGGUGUAUCUUGGGUAGCAUCAUCGUUAUAUUUGGUUUCUUUUUCAUCAACUCGAUUGCGUUUGCUGGCCGCAGCGAAGCAAGCUUUGUCCCAGAGCACUGGAAAACCCGGUGGUUUGUGUUGGACGGCUGGCUCAAUCUGGUGUAUCUGUUUGACAUCGGCUUUGUGGCCUACUUGUGGCGCCCUACUGCAAACAACCGCCGGUUUGCUAUGAGUGACGAGAUUGCUCAAGACGAUGAUGGGUUUGAAAUCCGGUCUUUCAACAGUGGACUGGAUGAGGAAGAUGCGCUUGAUGGCAUUCAAGGAAACUCUGCCCAUGAACAACGCCGUGACCUGUCACCUGUGCCCCCCAAACCCGUCCCGGCCGCGCCGCACCAACGGGAAUCUCUUGAUGGAGAAACUAUCUUUGCCGUCGGCGAGGAUGGAGACAAAUGGUCAGAUGACGAGGAUGAUUUGUCCCGGGAAUCGGGUGAGAGGAAACGACUUACGGGCAAGGACGUUUAGGACAUUUGAUUCAUAAAAGCUGAGGGCCUUCCUUCGAACUGUAGGCGACGAUGAUUUGUGACUGCAGGACACGCGUCACCUUGUACUGAUAUCAUUGAGGAUGAGAGAUACCUUUAUUGUCAACUAUUUAAACGAAUCAACGCAUUGGGUUUUAUUGAUCCUUCGCAGGCAUUUGAUGGCGUUUGGCUCGUUGGUUCGAGCUUAUAUCUUUCUUUUGACGUCAACUAAAUAUAACGAAAGGAGAAGUAUAAGACGCUGAUGACUUUGCUGCACGAUAGCUUGGUAUCAUGGAAAUUGUGACUGGAAAUUGUGACUGGAAAUUGUGAUGUC